CUUUUUCGCCGCCAUCCUGCUCUGCGUGGCUGACUGCUUCUCGCCAUGUCUUUUCACAAGACUUUCAGAAUCAAGCGAUUCCUGGCCAAGAAACAAAAGCAGAAUCGUCCCAUUCCCCAGUGGAUUCGGAUGAAAACUGGUAAUAAAAUCAGGUACAACUCCAAGAGGAGGCACUGGAGAAGAACAAAACUGGGUCUGUAAGGCGUCACACAUCAUGAGAUGACACACUUAACUGGCACACGUAUUUAAUUAAGCUGUGUGAAGAUCAUGUGUUCUAUCAUUCUGUAAACAUCCUUCCUACCUGGCCAUAGACUUGUCUAAUCAUGGAAAUGAUUUUUCUCUGUGACUAUGCCUCUGCACCAGUAGGUUGGUUCGGUAAUAAAUGUGAGA